AACUAGCCAACCCAAGCAAAAAGGCAGGAGUUCAUUUGAGCUCCUGCGCUAGAUCUGAAGAGGAGGACCAUACCCAUUUCUUCCUCCUAAGUUCUAACCAAAACAAACAGAGCAGAGCAGAGAGGAUUGAUGAUGACAAUGGAGUCGGUGAAGGUGAGGUCGCCGAGGAGGAGCAGCAGCGGCAGCAAAUACCGGAGGAUGGAGCCGGAGCUGGAGGAGGAGAUGGACGAGGCGGAGUGGAGCCGCAGGGCCGCGGCGGGGAGCCUCGGCCGCAGGAGGGCCGGGAGGUACGUCUUCACCUGCGCGCUCUUCGCCUCGCUCAACGCCAUCCUCCUCGGCUACGAUGUUGGUGUCAUGAGUGGUGCAAUCAUCUACAUCCAGAAAGAUCUCCACAUUACCGAGUUCCAGCAAGAAAUCCUAGUAGGUUGCCUGAGUGUGAUUUCUCUCCUGGGAAGUCUGUCAGGAGGAAGAACAUCUGAUGCAAUUGGCAGGAAAUGGACAAUGGGCCUUGGUGCAAUUAUCUUCCAGGCCGGUGCAGCCAUCAUGACAUUUGCCCCUUCAUUCACUGUGCUCAUGAUAGGGAGGCUUCUUGCCGGGGUGGGCAUCGGCUUUGGCGCCAUGAUAUCUGCUGUCUACAUUGCUGAGAUCUCCCCCGCGGCUGCACGUGGGACUCUUACGUCCCUCCCUGAGAUCUGCAUCAAUUUUGGGAUCCUCCUCGGCUAUGUUUCCAAUUAUGCUUUCUCGGGCCUUUCUGAGCACAUCAGUUGGAGGGUUAUGCUUGGUGUCGGGAUCCUCCCAUCUGUCUUCAUUGGCGUCGCUCUUUUUGUGAUCCCUGAGUCCCCUAGGUGGCUGAUGAUGGAGAAGAGAGUUCCAGAAGCGAGGGCAGUGUUGCUUCAGAUAAGUGCGUCAGAAGCUGAGGUUGAGGAAAGGCUGGCUGAGAUUGAGGAAGCGGCAAAUAUUAUGAAGUCGGUGAAAUCAGAGGACAAGGCAGUGUGGAGGGAGCUAUUGAACCCUUCUCCUGCUGUUCGUCGGAUGCUAUAUGCUGGCUGUGGUAUUCAGUUGUUCCAACAGAUCACUGGAAUUGAUGCUACUGUCUACUACAGCCCAACAAUUUUCAGGGAUGCUGGGAUCAAGUCUGACCAGGAGCUUCUUGCUGCAACAGUUGCAGUUGGGUUUACUAAGACGAUUUUCAUAUUGGUUGCAAUUUUCCUCAUUGACAAAGUUGGGCGCAAGCCUCUUCUUUAUGUGAGCACCAUUGGCAUGACUGUCUGCUUAUUUGUCUUGGGGAUUGCACUUACGUUGCCAAAGCAUGCAGUGGGGCUUAUUUCUCCAAGUGUUGGGAUUGACCUAGCAAUAUUUGCAGUCUGUGGGAAUGUGGCAUUCUUCUCAAUCGGGAUGGGACCGAUAUGUUGGGUCUUGUCUUCAGAGAUAUUUCCUAUAAGAUUACGAGCUCAGGCAUCAGCACUUGGUCAAGUAGGUGGUAGAGUUGGCAGUGGUUUGGUUUCCAUGUCAUUCCUCUCCAUGGCCCGUGCUAUAUCUGUGGCAGGAAUGUUCUUCGUCUUCGCAGCAAUCUCAACUGUCUCUGUUGCGUUUGUGUACUUCUGUGUGCCGGAAACUAAAGGGAAAACUCUGGAGCAGAUUGAAAUGAUGUUUGAAGUUGGGAAAGAAUCGAGAGGAGGUGAGGUAGAGCUUGAGGAUACACAACACUUAAUACAGGAUGGGAAGAAGUCUGAUUCUCUAGGCUGACAUAAUCAGUAACAAGAAACUUCAUGUGAUUCCAUGUUCCAAUGUUGAUCAGGCUGCAUCUUGCUUCUGUCACCAACAGGAUUCUGAACAUCCGGUUCGAAAAUGAUCAACCUGCCUUUAACCACUGCCGGUUUAGAGAGCUCGACACCACUUUAGAGGGCAUAGGUGUAACAUAGAUGAAAUUGUUCAUGUUUUUAGUGUAAAGAUAUCCCAAAUAUGACCUGGGAGGGACGACACAUGAAUGAUGUUGUAUCUGGUGGUAUCUUCCACCGACAAAAAGAAUAUAGUUGAUGAAGAAUUCAUUAUAUAAUUUGAUGAUAA